CUGUAGGUUUAAGUUAUGCUUUGUCACACUGUUUUCCAGGCAGACAUUCUUGAGGAACUUAUUAUUGAGCUGGAGCAUGCUGUUAGGACUUCUGGUCAAUUCCCUGGAAGGUCAGAGAAAGAACCUCCUUCAACUCUUAUGUGGACCUUAUUCCUAUUAGCACAGCAUUACGACAGAAGGGGACAAUAUGAAAUCGCUCUUUCUAAAAUUGAUGAGGCCAUUGAGCACACCCCAACCGUGAUUGAUUUAUACUCGGGCAAGGUUAGUUAGGAUUCUUAAUGAAAU